CGAGUGGGUGACAGGUUGCUCCGCCUGGGAAGGCUGUUGGGUGAGUCAGGACUGGGUCUCAGGUCAGAAGGACCAUGUAGAGAGCCAGGCAGGUCGCAGUGCUGCGCUCUCGGGCUGCUCCCCAGGACCUGAGCUGGGACCCAGAAUCUUCAGGGAGAGGCGAUGUCCCCGAGGGAACAGAGGUCUCCGGUCCCAUCUUAAGCUCUGUUGGAUCCCGGGUGACAUCAACAGCCCCCUCGCCGCUGCCUGCUGGGAGUUCCGAGCUGGGUGCCGGGGCCUGGGCAGCGCCAGGCACAGACACUUCGGCCCUUGUUGGGAGAACAGAGAGCAUCUCUCUUGUCCACUGCCCAUCCUCUGGCUCCAACCGCUGGUUCUCACAGCAGCCUCUUCCCAGGCUGUGCAGAGCCCACCUGCUCACCCUCACAGAAUGGACUCUAGCCCUGCCGGGAGCCCCAGUCCUCAGCCUUCAAGGGCCAAUGGGAACAUCAACCUGGGGCCUUCAGCCAACCCAAACGCCCGGCCCACCGACUUCGACUUCCUCAAAGUCAUUGGCAAAGGGAACUACGGGAAGGUGCUACUGGCCAAGCACAAGUCAGAUGGAAUGUUCUACGCAGUGAAGGUGUUACAGAAAAAGUCCAUCUUAAAGAAGAAAGAGGAGAGCCACAUCAUGGCGGAGCGCAGCGUGCUCCUGAAGAAUGUGCGGCACCCGUUCCUUGUGGGCCUGCGCUACUCCUUCCAGACACCCGAGAAGCUCUACUUUGUGCUCGACUAUGUCAACGGGGGAGAGCUCUUCUUCCACCUGCAGCGGGAGCGGAGGUUCUUGGAGCCCCGGGCCAGAUUCUAUGCAGCCGAGGUGGCCAGCGCCAUUGGCUACCUGCACUCCCUCAAUAUCAUUUACAGGGACCUGAAACCAGAGAACAUUCUCCUGGACUGCCAGGGACAUGUGGUACUGACGGAUUUUGGCCUCUGCAAGGAAGGCGUGGAGCCUGAGACCACCACAUCCACGUUCUGUGGCACCCCCGAGUACUUGGCUCCAGAAGUGCUUCGUAAAGAGCCGUAUGAUCGGGCAGUGGACUGGUGGUGCCUGGGUGCAGUUCUCUAUGAGAUGCUGCACGGUCUGCCACCCUUCUACAGCCAAGAUGUGUCCCAGAUGUACGAGAACAUUUUGCACCAGCCGCUACAGAUCCCCGGGGGCCGGACUGUGGCCGCCUGUGACCUCCUGCAGGGCCUUCUCCACAAGGACAAGCGGCAGCGGCUGGGCUCCAAAACUGACUUCCUUGAGAUAAAGAACCACGUAUUCUUCAGCCCUAUAAACUGGGAUGACUUGUACCACAAGAGGCUGACUCCACCUUUCAACCCAAACGUGGCAGGUCCUGCUGACUUGAAACACUUUGAUCCAGAGUUCACCCAGGAAGCAGUGUCAAAGUCCAUCGGCUGCACUCCUGACACCACGGUCAGCAGCUUGGGGGCCUCAAGUGCAUUCCUGGGAUUCUCCUAUGCCCCUGAGGAUGACACCAUCUUAGACUGCUAGAAGAGAAGGUCCCGUGGAACCACUGAUGCCUGCUGGUAUCUUUAAGAAAUGACCUUCAGCUUCUAGCAACCAACUGCCCAUCACAUAAAAGAAUAGUGAUAGGUCCCCAACUGGGACUGGUCCCAAGGGCAUCACGCAUGCAGAGACUUUCUGCAUCUUUGCCAUUCUUGGCAAAUGACUUCUAAUCUUAGGAUUGCCACAUUAUUACGAGAUGGUUAAAGGAAUUCUAGUCAACACUUCUGUGUCCUGGGAAGAGAAAAAGGAGAAAAAAGCAAACCGGCAUCUUUACAGAACCUUUCUGGCAGCCCCGCCCAGUGACUUCUACUGACAUCUUGCUAGGCACCCACCCCACCUGUAAUGGAGGCCAGAUAUAUAACGGAGGCACAUCACUGCCCCAGCAACACGGGUUCUGACCCUAAGGGAGGAGAAACUGUCGGGUGGGCAACUAGCACUCUUCAGUACAAGGCCUCUUGGUGUUUGGAUUUUGAUGUCAGUGUAUAAAAUGACAGCGAUGUAACGAGAUAGAGGCUAUCACCACAUCCGCUCAUUUUCUACACUGAUGGUGUCUUUCUUUGCUGUGGGUGGUAAUGGGCAUUUGUUAUUAGGCGUGCCUGCCUGGCAUCCUCCUUCUUUAUGAGCCUUGAUAAGGGCAAUUACUACCUCCAUUUACAGUACCUAAAAAUACAAGAUGCUGAUCUUUCCAGGUUCCCUGCAGCAAGGGCCAGGAAUGUGACCGCGUGACUCACCUGUGCCUGAUU